CGCAUUUACUGCCGGUCCAUGAGGGUAUGUACUCGGACAAAAUGCGGAAUUGUCUUGUACAUGAUCCAGAGCGGAUGCAGUUUGGUGAGGCCCGCUCCCGCUCACAGUCAAUGCAGAUUCGUACGGCACGACGGCGGACGUGUUGAAAGUCGAAGAGCAUUUCUUCUAACCAUGGCUGGGAUGGCGUCAGAGCAUAUACAGCAAACAUGGCUACCGAAGCGCAUCCGUAUUACAAAAAGUUGCACCAUCUGACGGUGUGCAUGGUACCACACGAUGAGGAUCGGCGAGUUUGGGAGCAACUCACCAAAGUACGCACACAAUUACGGGAUCCCGGACUGUACCGCUGGCCUCCCCAUGCCAACCUGUUGUAUCCGUUCUUGGACAUUAGGCCCACACCCGAGUCGGGUGACACCACACCUAGAAAUGCUAUCAAUAUGGAUAUAGUCGACGGGUUGAAAAGAGUAUGUCAUCUGUAUGAUCCGUUCACUGUUCGGCUGGAAAAAUUCGGUACCUUUGGUGGUUCCAAACGCGGCGUCCUUUGGAUAUACCCUGAUUCAAGGCCUAGAGGUAAUGGAGGUGACGAGGCUCACGAUGCAGAGCCGUUGGUAGCUUUACAAGCUUCUUUGGAAGCCCAAUUUCCCAUGUGUAUGGAUCAGCGCAAAACCGGAGCUUUCAGUCCUCAUAUUACGGUCAGUCACUUUGCUGACUUGAAGUGCGCCAGGGAGGCGCAAGCUCUCGUUGAAACUGAAUGGCCGACCGACCUAUCGUUCCAAGUGCGGGAAGUCUACUUGAUGCAGCGAUUAGGCGACGACGGUCAGUUUGAGCGGGUGGCAACUAUUGGACUAGCGGGGCACGAAACAAUUGUUCAUCGUCAGCCGCUACGAUUUGCCAACAUGCCGGAAAGCGAAGAGGAAUGGGUACGUCGCGAGCGCAUGGCAAUGAAGGACCGCCGAAAUAAAGGAUCUCGUGGACACCGAAGACAAAGAGAAAGCAUCCGAACCGGUCGACCCUCGAGGGUAAAGGAUUCUCCUGUCGUUAUCGAAGCCAAACGCGCUAUGCGCGAAGCCAAGCGGGAGAUGUUGCUAGCUGAAAACAACGGCGAACCUCCAGAAACGGCUAAAAUCCACGAGGCAAUUUUCAGGGCGAAGGAAGAGGAGCUCAGAGCGUUUCAGAAUUUGCAGGGACAAGCACAAAGCGAGAAACAGGUCACAAGUACACCGGCAACAAACGAGAGCACAUCUUCCUAAAGAUGGGUUUGUGUUGACAUUUGCUCGUGUACAAUUUUUAAUUAUCCCUCUUGGGGAAAUCUCUGUAUGUAAUAACAAGACAUAAACGCUCCGUGAAUAUCGUGU